CCACAAACUAUCAAAGGGCAACGGCUGUUUGAAGUGGUGGGAGCGCACUUGCGAGAAAACAGCUCGAGCGAGGUCCAAUGACAACUGCAAUUCAAUUGACUGUCACUCUUGCAUCCAUCGUGUGGACAUCAACAUCAAUCAAACAACAAACCAGCCAACACAAGUUGACUUGCAAGUACACAACCAGGACUUUGACAGGUUGAUCCUUGUACCAAAGAGUGAAUGAAGAUAGGACUGAUUCACAUCCAUCCAAGCAAACUGCUUUACUCGAAAGGGUAGCUUGAUUUUCCCAAACUGGUGCAUUUGUUCUUUCGCAUUAAAUCCACAUUUAUAAGAGAGAGAGAGAGAAGAGAGACAAGAUAAUCCAAUAUGAUGAUGACGACUGACCUGGAUCCCUACGAUCCCUUCUUUUGGGAGGAUUAUCACCAUGAAGACGACUUGCUACUGAUGCGAUCUCACGGCUACUGCCCUUGUCCCCACCGAUGGCUGCAAGGCGAUAACACUACCACUACUACUGAAGGAGAAGGCACUUCAGAUGUGGAAACUUGGAAAGUGGUGAUUACCCUCAUUACUAUCUUUGGCAUGUUUGUCAUGCUCAUUUCCGAUUUUGCUGGAGCCGAUUCCGUCAUGUUAAUGGCAUUGACCGUGUUCAUGUGCACCCAAAUUGUCUCCAUUGAUGAAGGACUCAAGGGAUUUGCCGAUGAAUCCCUAUUGACAGUCCUCAUUUUGUUUAUUGUCGCCGAGGGAAUUUCCCGAACCGGAGCCCUCGAUUGGUACAUGGGAAAACUAUUGGGGCGACCCAAAUCGGUGGGCACGGCACAAGUCCGAUUGAUGGUACCCAUUGCCAUUGUAUCGGCGUUUCUCAACAAUACACCCGUCGUUGCCGUCAUGAUCCCCAUCGUACAACGAUGGGGCAAAAAUAUUGGAGUCAAUCCACAACAAUUGCUGAUACCCCUCUCGUUUGCCAGUAUUUUUGGAGGAACCUGUACAUUGAUUGGAACCUCCACCAAUCUCAUUGUCAAUGGGUUAUACGAAGAUCGAUACAGCCAUCUGCCCGAUUAUCAACCCAUUGGAUUGUUUGAUUUGGGAGAAUAUGGAAUACCCAUUGCACUCAUUGGAAUGACCUAUUUGCUCAUGGCAUCGCCCUUUGUACUGCCAGGAGGCGAACGCGGCAAUCGACAAGGAGGACAAAAUCCCAUGGAAGAUAGUGAAGAUGUACUCUUGGGAGCACGAUUGACACAAUGGUCGCCCGCGGCGGGACGAUCGGUCAAACGAUCGGGAUUGCGUGAUACCGGUGGAAUCUACUUGGUCAGUGUCCAUCGGUUUCAAACCGGCAAUGUCCAUCGAGCCGUAGGACAAGAGUUUGUCCUGAAUGUAGGAGAUAUUCUAUACUUUACGGGAUUGCUGGAUGGAUUUGGAGCCUUUUGUGAAGAACAUGGCCUGGAAAUGAUUACCAAUGAAAUUGAAGAUACCAUUCAUGGAGAUCGAAGUGCACAUUUCAUUGCAGAACAACCAAACAAGCAUGAUACUGCUGCUCCAAUAAAGGACAACAUUAUGCCAAAGCUUACUAAUAAUGACAGCGAUGAUGUGGGUGAUGCCGAUUCCGACCAGGCCAUUGACGAUGCCACUGACGAUAUCGAAAGACAGGCAGACGCCUUGAGGGCAACCGUACCCUCCAGCAACCGGUCUCCCAUGAUGCCAACUCUCCCAGAAGACGAGGACUUCACAUUGGAUAUUCCAGUCGAAGUCGGGGCCACCAAAGCUUCGCUCGUACGAGCCGACAAUUUUGAACGUUUGCGAAGUAUCAAUCGAUUGACCGAUAUGAUUCGAGGGAUAGAGCGAGAUGAAUCCGAAGAUAUAGGAUCCGCAGGCACUCCCAAGAAACGGCGGCAUCCGUCCGCGCGGAGAACCGUCACGGCAGCUCCCAAGAUUGUGGCGACGAUUGAACAGAACUUGGUGGUCAUUGGAGUCGAUUCCAGGGAUCGACCAGGAUUACUACUCGAUAUUUCCAAAGGAUUACUCUCCUUCAAUCUGCAGCUGCAUCACACAGAAGCAGCAGUCGUUGAUGGCAGAUCGCUCUCCAUUUGGCGCUGCGAGCCGAUUGGAACAGAACUCGUCGAUGUCGAAGAGGUGUGGACCGUAAUGACGGCACUGCUGGAGCGUGACACUGGUGUUCUGGCAGUAAAGAAACGAGGGCUGCAGGUCGUUCGGGCACGCGUUACGGCUGUGUCUCGUUUGGUGGGUAAGACAGCAGCCGCAGUAGACUUUCGUGAAACUUACAAAUGCGCAAUCGUGGCAAUGCAGCGUGGGGGCAAGAACAUCAACCAGGCACUGUCGACAGUGGUGUUUCAGGCACAAGAUAUUUUAAUCUUGCAAGCUAGUGACGACUCGCCGCUGCUGAGGAUCAAGCCACCUGCUGAUGAUUUCUAUCAAAAGCUGGCGGAGGAAGCAGCGGCGGCGACGUCAACAGCAUCGGGGCCCAAGAUUCCCAGGCCAAGCUCUUACAAGUCUCUGGUCAAUCUAGUCAAGCUUCCGCUUCCAAAUUUGUCAAGGAGGCCCAGUCAGGACGACUUGCAAACUUUGCCGAAAACAACGCAGAAGCAAGAAACCCACAGCGAUAGUUCGCCGAAUGAUGACAAGGUUGUAGUCGAAGGAGAGGGCUUCUAUAUCCCAGCUGAAGCCAUCGAAACUGGCAUUCAAAACGGAGAACCUGAAGAAUCAGAAUCCAAUCAAAUGAAUCCCACCGAAACUGCGAACGAUGAGUUGAUAUUGAGAGAUAUGGAAGUCAUGUUAACAACUGCACGGGGAAAUGGCGAACAGCAGUCUCGAGAAUUCCUUACUGCUAUGCAGGUUGCAACAAAUUCACAGCUUGCAGGCCAGACCGUGGCCCAGGCCGGUCUUCAAAAACUCCCUGGUGUCGUUCUCAUCAGUAUCGAACGACCAGCUCCCGUACCGCAGCAAGAAGACAACAGGAAGUCAACGGUAGUGCUCAGCAGCAUAACAGGCGGAGGUAGUAAAGGCGAUCCAGGAUGUGACUUUGAUGGAACACUCUCGGUGCGGACUACGGAACCUCGGUACAGUGCCAUCGAGCUAGAAGAGCCUCUGAAGGACGGUGACGUGCUUUGGUUUGCUGGUUCCGCAUCUGCCGUUGGCGAUCUGCGAAAAAUUCCAGGGCUUGUUUCGUUUGAAAGUGACGAAGUGAAGAAGAUGAACGAGAAUGUCUACGAUCGACGACUAGUUCAGGCUGUUAUUGCACGACAAGGUCCUCUUGCAGGAAAGACUGUGAAGGAAGUACGUUUUCGCACUCGAUAUGGUGCGGCCGUGAUUGCGGUUCAUCGUGAGGGUAAACGUAUCCACGACCAUCCUGGAAAUAUCGUUCUGCAAGCUGGUGAUGUGCUUCUAUUGGAAGCUGGGUCAGCAUUCAUCGGAAAGAGUGCCGAAAACGAGCGUUCCUUUGCACUUCUCUCUGAGGUGAAGGACUCGGCUCCGCCAAGGCUCAGGUAUCUUGUGCCUGCCUUGAUCAUUACACUUAUCAUGCUGAUUGUUGCGACACUUGGCAUUGCUUCACUUCUAUUGUGUGCCCUGGUCGCUUCCAUCUUGAUGGUUGCUUUAGGGAUUCUGACGCAACAAGAGGCCAGAGAUGCUGUAAACUGGGAGGUAUACGUUACAAUUGCCUGCGCUUUUGGAAUCGGAGAAGCCCUGGUGGCUUCCGGAGUCGCAGAAGCCUGUGCCAGCGGUCUUGUCAGUGUUGGAGAGGCGCUUGGAAUGGGAGAUGCUGGCCUCUACGGUGCUGUGUACCUCGCCACGAUGGUAAUCAGCAACAUCGUUACCAACAACGCAGCUGCGACGCUUGUAUUUCCGAUUGCAAUGAAAGCAGCAGAAGACACAGGAGCCAAUGUAGUCCUAAUGAGUUACUGUUUGAUGCUUGGAGCCUCAGCAAGCUUCAUGACUCCGUUUGGCUACACGACAAAUCUUAUGAUCUAUGGCCCUGGUGGUUACAAGUCAAAAGAUUUCCUCGUGAUAGGAACACCUCUACAGCUUGGGCUGUGGAUCUUGACUACCGUGCUGUUGGGAACUCCUUCCAACUGGUGGUUGAGUUGGGUGGUUACAUUCGCUGCCUUCCUUCUCGUCGUCAUUGUAAAGUCACGAAGUUCGAAACUUCCGUAGAGCAAGCGAAUACCAGACGGACCCAAUCAUCCAAAGAUAAAGGCCACAGCCAAUCAUGCGGCUACAACCGUACCAGAUUCAAUAGCACGGGGCUUUCCAUGACGCAAUUGGGAGCUAGAGUUUUUAGGCUUUGCCAAUUCCUGGUAAUCAGCCAGAACAACCGAAACUGCUCCAGUGCAUUUCGGCCACGGUACGUGUACCGGUGGGGCAUCAGAACGAAUGAUUUGAUUCAAUCGAAGAAGUAAAUUCGCCUGUGCAGUGAAUCAUGCUACGAUCUCUUCUCUCAACGAUAAAUAUAAACUUUUUGCUUUAAA